ACGCUGCCACGUGACUACAAGCGAGCAAUGUCCGCGAUGAGACAGGCUGCAGUCAGACGGGCCGUGCGUAACGGAUUGGCUGGACAGUCCCGCACGCACCACGUCACCCGGGUUGGGUUGGUGUCCGGGAGUGCACCCGGCCACACGAACGAGCUACCUGUCCGCACCAUGCCGAUCGCUUUCGGGAAAAUCACUUUCCUUCAUUUGGCCGUCACAACGUGCUUUUGCGGUGGCUUCCGAAACGACUCAAACCCCGGGGACAAUCCAAACAUACCGGCCAUCGCCAAAUACUUCAGCACGAAAGGGAGGUACGAGGAAGUGAACCCGCAUCUCAUAGAGGACAUUCUCGCCGUGAACGCCUCCAUCCUGCAGCCUCCGUCCGAACAAUGUCGCCGCGUCCAUCUGACCGCCAUCAUAAGACACGGGACGAGGUACCCGACGAGCAAAAACAUCAAGAAGAUGCAGACGCUCUACGAGGUGGUUCGACGCAAAGCGUCCGGCGAGGAGAGCUGGCUGCGUGAGAUCCAGACCCAGUGGACCAUGUGGUACAAGGAGGACAUGGACGGCCGACUGGUCCAGAAAGGUGUGGACGACCACAAGCAUCUGGCCGUCAGGCUGUCCAAGCUGUUCCCCUCGCUGAUUUCAGAGGAGAAGCUCAGAGGCGGAUUCGUCAAAUUCAUAACCAGCUCGAAGCACAGGUGCGUCAACAGCACGCUGUCCUUCAAGGCCGGACUGACGGAGCUGUGGGCCAUUACAGACGAGGAGUUUGACCAUGCAGUGAACGAUGCCCUCAUGAGGUUUUUUGACCAGUGCACCAGGUUUGUGCACGAAGUUGAUAACAACCCCGCGGCUCUGUCAGAGGUGGACAAGUUCAAGCAGGGUCCUGAGAUGAGGAGGGUCACGGAGAAGAUCGCAGACCGGCUCAGGGUUCCUUACAGUGACAUCACAGAUGAUAUGGCCGAAGCCGCAUUUUAUUUGUGUGCUUAUGAGUUUGCCAUCAAGACUGUGAACUCUCCCUGGUGUCGGCUUUUUGACGAAGUUGAUGCCCAGGUCCUGGAGUAUGCCAAUGACCUUAAGCAAUUCUGGAAGAGAGCUUAUGGUCACGAUAUCAACAGCAAGUCCAGCUGCAUUCUCUUCCACGACGCGUUCAGUCGACUGGACAAUGCAGCCAGCGAGAUCAGGUUGGGAAAACAGGUGACCGAGGCCGUGACGGUCCAGGUCGGUCAUGCAGAGACUCUCCUUCCGCUGCUCACCCUCCUGGGCUUCUUCAAGGACAGCGAUGCCCUGACCUCAACCAACUACGCCACACAGGCCCAACGCUCCUUCCGCACCAGCCACAUGUUACCCUACGCGGCUAACUUGCUCCUGGUGCUAUACGACUGCGGGGGAGGCGAACUGAGACUGCAACCGCUGCUCAACGAGAAGCCUAUGACCUUCCCUGGUUUGACCGGCACCCCCGUGCCGCUCUAUGAAGACGUCAAGGAUCACUACCGGGCACUGCUUCUAGGUUGUGACUUCGAGACUGAGUGUCAGCUGUUCAGGGGUCGUGCUUAAUUCUGAGCGGAUAGGGUAGAUCCUGGAUAAAAAGGCAUUGCAGUGGGGGUUGUGGGGUUUUUAUUGGUCUUUCAGCAGAGAAAAAGGCAGAUUUGAUGUCUCUGAAACGGAUCGAAGCGGAUUCAUUUCACAUUCACCUGUGCGAGUGCAGUAUCACUACAACUAUAUUGCUUAUUUUUUUGGGAAGGUUUUCAGAAAUUAAAGAGUUUAUUUUUGCAGUGUACACAUUUUUUGUUGCUCUGGUCAGCCACUCUUGGUUUGUAACAGCACAAGCUUUUGUGGUCAGUAUGUAUUCAAAUGUGUUGUUAACUGUACAUUACACAUAACAUAAAUUGUCUGGACUUUCUCGUAAAA